AUGAGAAGUGAGAAUGAGCCCACUUUGUAUGUGAAGAAGGAAGGUAAAAGUGAUUUCAUCAUUAUCUGCCUUUAUGUUGAUGAUAUCAUUUAUACUAGCUCUUCUAAUUCUCUUAUGGAUAAAUUUAAGUCUCAAAUAAUGAGUGAAUUUGAGAUGUCAGAUAUGGGUUUAUUGCACUAUUUUCUUGGUCUUGAAGUAUAUCAAGUUGAAGAUGGGAUCUUUAUUUUGCAAAGGAAAUGUGCUAAAGACAUUAUAAGUAAAUUUGGCAUGCUUAGUUAUAAGCCUGCAGCCACACCCAUGAAUAUUAAUGAGAAAUUACAACAUGAAGAUGAAGCAGAAAUGGCAUAUGCUAGAAGGUUUAGAAGCUCAGUUGGCGGAUUGAUUUACUUGAUGCACACACGACCCGACAUUGCAUUUCCAGUUGAUGUUAUUUCCAAGUUUAUGCAACAACCUUCAAAGGUUCAUUAUGAAGCAAGAAAACGAGUCUUGCGUUAUGUUGCUGGAACUAUGGAGUAUGGAAUUUGGUAUUCUAAAUCUUCUAAUUUCAAAUUAUAUGGAUUCACAGAUAGCGAUUGGACAGGAUUAUUAGAUGAUAGACAAAUCAUUUCAGCAAAUGUUUUCACUCUAGGAUCAGGAGUGAUCACUUGGAGCUCAAAGAAGCAAGCAACAGUAGCGCUAUCAACCUCAGAAGCAAAAUAUAUUAUAGCAACUUCAGCAGCGUGUCAAGCCAUUUGGCUAAGAAAAGUGUUAGCUGAUCUUCAACAAGAGCAAAAAGGAGCGAUAAAGAUAUUUUCUAAUAACAAAGCAAUUAUCUCCAUGACAAAGAACCCAACAUUUCACAGCAGAAUAAAGCAUGUUGAACUUCGGCAUCAUUAUAUUCAUGACCUUGUUGCAAGGAAGAAAUUGUCUUGA